AGUGUUUGAAACUUGGAGUGACAAAACAUGUCUCAGUCAGGUGAAAAAGUGAAGUUUUCCGACUCUGCCGGCUAUGUGGGAUUUGCUAAUCUGCCCAACCAGGUUCACAGGAAAUCUGUGAAGAAGGGCUUUGAAUUCACCCUGAUGGUAGUUGGUGAGUCUGGCUUGGGAAAAUCCACUUUGAUUAACAGCCUGUUUCUGACUGAUCUUUAUCCAGAACGUUAUAUUCCUGGAGCUGCAGAGAAAAUAGAGAGAACAGUUCAAAUUGAAGCUUCUACAGUGGAGAUAGAGGAGCGAGGGGUGAAACUGCGUUUAACGGUAGUUGACACGCCGGGAUAUGGAGAUGCCAUUAACAGCCAGGACUGCUUCAAAACAAUUAUCCAGUACAUUGACAACCAGUUUGAAAGGUACCUGCAUGAUGAGAGCGGCCUGAACAGGCGCCACAUUAUAGACAACAGAGUCCAUUGCUGUUUUUACUUCAUCUCUCCCUUUGGGCAUGGGCUGAAGCCAUUAGAUGUAGAAUUCAUGAAGGCUCUUCAUGGAAAAGUCAACAUUGUCCCUGUGAUUGCCAAGGCUGACACACUGACGCUGAAGGAGAGAGAGAGGCUGAAGAGAAGAGUUCUAGAUGAGAUUUCUGAACAUGGCAUUAGGAUUUAUCAGCUCCCUGAUGCAGAUUCUGAUGAAGAUGAGGAGUUUAAAGAACAAACCAGAGUUUUAAAGGCUAGCAUUCCCUUUGCUGUUAUUGGAUCCAAUCAACUUAUUGAGGUGAAAGGGAAAAAAAUCAGAGGCCGCCUGUAUCCCUGGGGAGUUGUUGAAGUUGAAAAUCCAGAGCACAAUGAUUUCCUUAAACUGCGCACGAUGCUGGUAACACACAUGCAGGACCUGCAGGAGGUGACCCAGGAUUUGCACUAUGAGAACUUCCGUUCAGAGAGGCUAAAACGAACUGGCAAGCCUGUUGAAGAAGAAGUGGUAGACAAGGAUAGAAUCCUUCAGCAGAAAGAGGCUGAGCUGCGCCGCAUGCAGGAGAUGAUUGCACAGAUGCAAGCCCAAAUGAGGAUGAAGCCUGGUGAUGAUUAAGAUGCCUCACAUCUGGGUGCAUCAGCAGUGUACAGUUCUCUAAGUGGAUGGGUGCUCUGUUUUCUUUGACCGAAGGGUAACGUUCAAAGGCAAAGGCUGGAUGCCACAGACCGAGACCUGCGUUAAAACACAUGCACAGUCUGAAGAUCGUGUCGUGAACUGACUUGUUAUAUCUAUUCAAUGUUAAUCAAGUUAUAUUGUAUCUUUUUUAUUCUUUUGGUGACACUGUCUUCAUACUUAUAUCUGGUUUUAUUAUCCUUCCUAUACCUUUUUAUACCGGAACUGGUACAGUUUGGCCUAGUUGUUGUGAUGGGUUUAAGGAGUUCAUUGUGGUCUGGUUGUUCUGAACAGUUUCGUGAUUAAUACUAAAAGAAUUUGUGGCCUGUUUACAGUAAACUUGUGUUUGCACAGUAUCGAAACUUUCACUUGCCAUUUUAAGUCAUUGUGCAUUGUAUCAGUUUUUCAUAACUUUCUCUGUGCUUUGGUUACUUUUGAAGCUUCAUCUCUGGUGAUUUAUGUUUGUGUGAUGGAGGGGAAAAUAUACGUGGCACCAAUGAUUCACCAGUGAUGUAAAGAAGCUGACUUUUCUAAAUCAUCGUGCCUUAACACACUGUAAACACUGCAUGCCAGCAACUUCUGUGGAUGACUCUGAAGAUUUGUCUUCAGGCCUCAAAUAUUGAUUGCAAGAAUUUCUGUCACAGGCAUUUUUAUCUGUCAGCUGAAUGAUGGCAUGUACUGAAUUUUUUAUAUACCAUAACACUAAUUUUCAUGGAAGUUUUGUAAUAAAUUGUACAAAUGUG